GCCUCCCACCCGCCCCGCCCCGUCGUCGCCCGAUGCCGGCCCGGGAGCGGCCGAGCGAGGCAGCAGCGGCGGUCGGAGCGGUGAGGCUCGACUCGAACGGACGGACCCGCAGCAGGCCGAGGCUGGAUGAAGACUUCGGAGUCCUUCACUGAGAACAUCCAUUUGCUCCUUUGAUCGUGGACUUUCCUGCUUUGCACCAUGUUCCACUUAAUCAAGAAGGACCGAGACGGGUCCAGGAGGGAGAAGAAGAAGGAGAAGGAGAAGAAGGAACGCAUGUCGGCCGCCGAGCUGAAGAGCCUGGAGGAGAUGAGUCUGCGCCGAGGCUUCUUCAACCUCAACCGGGCUUCCAAGAAGGACGGCAAGAACCGCCUGGAGAUCUCCAACCCCAUCCCCAUCAAAGUGGCCAGCGGCUCGGACCUCCACCUCACUGACAUCGACUCAGACAGCAACCGGGGAAGCAUGAUCUUGGACUCGGGCCACCUCAGCACAGCCAGCUCCAGCGAUGACCUCAAAGUGGACGACGGCAACUUCAAAGGCUCGGUGCUCCAGCGAGCUGCCAAGUUCGGCUCGUUGGCCAAGCAGAACUCGCAGAUGAUCGUCAAGAGGUUCUCCUUCUCCCAGAAGAGCCGCGACGACAGCGCCUCGGAGACCUCCACGCCCUCUGAGCAUUCGGCGGCGCCUUCCCCGCAGGUCGAGACGCGAACCCUGGAGAUGCAGCUGUCGAAACACGGCGCUGGGACGCUUCCCGGCGCCCCGUUGGCGUCCGCCUUGCGCACCCGGCUGCCCGAAUUGGUGAGCAAGAGGUUCCCCGCGGAGCUGAAGCUCCCCGUGGUGGUCCCUCCGCAGCCCCCUGUGCCCCGCCAGCUGGAGCUGCAACGGCGCAACACGGGAGACUUCGGCUUCUCGUUGCGUCGUACCACCAUGUUGGACAGGGCGGCCGAUGGGCAGGUAUAUCGGCGAGUGGUGCAUUUUGCCGAGCCGGGUGCCGGAACCAAGGAUCUGGCUUUGGGCUUGGUGCCGGGUGACCGGCUGGUGGAGAUCAACGGGCGCAACGUGGAAAAUAUAUCCCGGGAUGAGAUCGUGGAGAUGAUCCGGCAGUCGGGCGAGACGGUGCGGCUAAAGGUGCAGCCGAUUUUGGAACUGAGCGAGCUGAGCCGCUGUUGGCUGAAGAACGGCGAGCGAGCCCAAGGAGCAGCCUUUGAUGCCAAGACGGAGGAACAGAUUGCUGCCGAAGAGGCCUGGUACGAGACGGAGAAGGUGUGGCUGGUUCACAGAGAUGGCUUCUCCCUGGCGAGCCAGCUGAAGAGUGAUGCUGCCAGCCUCUUACCAGAGGGAAAAGUCAAAGUGAAACUGGACGAUGAUGGGGCCAUUCUGGAAGUGGACGAAGAUGAUAUUGAAAAGGCCAACCCUCCAUCGUGCGACCGGUUGGAGGAGCUGGCCAACCUGGUCUACCUCAACGAGUCCAGUGCCCUUCACACCCUCCGCCAGCGCUAUGGCGGCAACCUCAUUCACACCUACGCCGGCCCCAACCUGGUCAUCAUCAACCCUCUCAGCUCCCCAUCCAUGUACUCCGAGAAGGUGAUGCACAUGUUCAAGGGGUGUCGGAAGGAGGACACCUCCCCGCACGUUUACGCCAUGGCGCAGGCGGCCUACCGGGCCAUGCUGAUGAGCCGCCAAGACCAGUCCAUCGUCUUCCUGGGCAGCAGCGGCAGCGGGAAGAGCACCAACUGCCAGCACCUGGUCCAGUACCUGGCCACCAUCGCCGGGAGCUCCGGGAAGGUCUUCUCAGUGGAGAAGUGGCAGGCCCUUUAUACCAUCCUGGAAGCCUUCGGGAACAGCAGCACCAGCCUCAACAGCAAUGCCACGCGAUUCUCCCAAAUUAUCUCGCUGGACUUCGACCAGGCCGGGCAGGUGGCAUCGGCUUCCGUACAGACCAUGUUGCUGGAGAAGCUCAGGGUGGCGAAACGUCCCUCCAACGAGGCUACCUUCAACGUGUUCUACUAUCUCCUGGCCUGCCCGGACAACGCCUUACGGACGGAGCUUCACUUCAACCACCUGGCUGAGAACAACGUCUUUGGCAUCAUACCUCUGUCCAAGCCGGAGGAGAAGCAGAAAGCAGCUCAGCAGUUCAGCAAACUGCAAGCGGCCAUGAAGGUGAUGGGCAUCUCCGGCGAGGAGCAGAAGGCCUUCUGGCUCAUCCUGGGCGCCAUUUGCCAUCUGGGGGCGGCUGGAGCCACCAAAGCCGGGAGGAAGCAGUUUGCCCGACAUGAGUGGGCCCAGAAAGCCGCCUACCUUCUGGGCUGCACCCUGGAGGAGCUCUCCUCGGCCAUCUUCAAGCACCAGCCCAAGGGCUCCCUGCAGAGGUCCACCUCCUUCCGCCAGGGGCCCGAGGAGGCGGGGCUGGCCGACGGCUCAGGUCCCAAAACCUCUGCCUUGGAGUGCUUGGAAGCCCUGACCUCCGGCUUGUACUCGGAGCUUUUCACUCUCCUCAUCUGCCUACUCAACAGGGCCCUGAAGUCCAGCCAGCGGUCCUUGUGCUCCAUGAUGAUCGUGGACACGCCCGGCCUGCAGAACCCCGAGAUGGCCGGACAGAGCCGGGGGGCCACCUUUGAGGAGCUGUGCCACAACUACGCCCAGGAGAGGCUGCAGGGGCUGUUUCACGAACGCACCUUCGUGCAGGAGCUGGAGCGAUACAAGGAGGAGAACGUAGACCUCUCCUUAGACGCCUUGGAGCCCAGUGUCUCGGGCUCUGUGGCCACAAUGGACGAAGCGUCCCACCAGGCACUGGUAAGCUGCAUGGGGAACGGGGUUCAAGGCCCCCAACUCUCCCUCCUCUUCCCUCUCUUCCCCCCACCCCCCGCACUGGCCUCCAACCCGCUUCUCCGGAGCAAUAAAGCUGGGCAUUUCUUCCUGGGACACAGCUACGGCACCAAUUGGGUGGAGUACGACACCAGCGGCUGGCUGAGCUACGUCCGGCAAAAUCCCGCCUCUCAGAACAGCCUGGUCCUCCUCCAGGAAUCCCAAAAGAAGAUCAUCAGCAGCCUCUUCGCAGGCCGAGCAGGGGCCACCACGGUGCUCUCGGGCUCCAUCGCGGGCCUGGAGGGGGGCUCCCAGCUGGCCCUGCGCAGAGCCACCAGCAUGCGCAAGACCUUCACCACGGGGGUGGCUGCGGUGAAGAAGAAGUCCGUGUGCAUCCAGAUCAAGCUGCAGGUGGAUGCCCUGAUCGACACCCUCAAGAAGUCCAAGCUGCAUUUUGUCCACUGCUUCCUGCCCAAGGCCAACGGCUGGAGAGGCGAUGCCAAGGGCCCUUACGCCCAGCGCAUGAGCAGCAGCGAGCUGGAUUUGCACGGGGAGCACUGCGAGGCCGGCCUGAUGCAGCUGGAGGUGCCCCUGCUGAGAGCCCAGAUCCGGGGAUCCCGUCUGCUCGAUGCCCUCCGCAUGUACCGCCAAGGCUAUCCUGACCACAUGGCCUUCGCCGAGUUCCGCCGGCGCUUCGACGUCUUGGCUCCUCACCUGACCAAGAAGCACGGGCGCCAUUACAUCGUCACAGAUGAGAAGAGGGCUGCGGAAGAGCUGCUGCAGUCCCUGGAAUUGGAGCAAAGUUGCUACCAGAUGGGCUUGAGCAGGGUCUUCUUUCGGGCAGGGACCUUGGCUAAACUGGAGGAGCAGCGGGAUAAACAGCUGUGUCGGAGCAUCACCCUGUUCCAGGCCGCCUGCCGGGGCUUCCUCGCACGCCAGCACUUCAAGAAGAGGAAGAUCCAGGACCUGGCCAUCCGCUGCGUUCAGAAGAACAUCAAGAAGAACAAGGGAGUGAAAGGCUGGCCUUGGUGGAAGCUCUUCACCACCGUCCGGCCUCUCAUUGAAGUCCAGCUCACGGAGGACCAGAUCCGGGCCAAAGAUGAAGAAAUCCAGCAGCUGAAGGGCCGGUUGGAGAAGGUGGAGAAAGAGCGGAACGAACUGCGGCUGAGCGGCGACCGCUUGGAGAGCAAGGUCGCAGAACUGACUUCGGAGUUGACGGACGAGAGAAACACAGGAGAAUCGGCUUCCCAGCUUCUGGACGCAGAGACGGCCGAGCGCCUCCGGGCGGAGAAGGAAAUGAAGGACCUGCAGGCCAAGUACGAUGCCCUCAAGAAACAGAUGGACUCCAUGGAGAUGGAAGUGAUGGAAGCUCGCCUGAUGCGAGCGGCCGAGCUCAACGGAGAGAUGGACGAUGACGAUACAGGUGGGGAAUGGCGCCUGAAGUACGAGCGGGCAGCGCGGGAGAUCGACUUCACCAAAAAACGGCUGCAUCAGGAGUUCGAGGACAAACUGGAGGUGGAGCAGCAGAGCAAGCGUCAACUGGAGAGACGGCUGACCGACUUGCAGGCAGACAGCGAGGAGACCCAGCGGGCACUGCAGACCCUCAAGAAGAAAUGCCAGCGGCUGACGGCUGAGCUGCAGGACACCAAGCUGCACCUGGAAGGGCAGCAGGGCCGCAACCACGAGCUGGAGAAGAAGCAGCGCCGAUUUGACGGGGAGCUUUCGCAGGCUCACGAAGAGGCGCAGCGUGAGAAACUCGGGCGUGAGAAACUGGCACGGGAGAAGGACAUGCUGAUCGCGGAGGUCUUCGGCCUCAAGCAGCAGCUGGAGGAGAAGGAGGCCCAGAUCGUGACCUCCACGCAGAAGGUCCAGGGCCUGGAGGCCGAGCUGCAAGACCUCUCCUGCCAGGAGUCCAAGGACGAAGCCUCCCUCGCCAAAGUCCGCAAGCAGCUGCGGGACCUGGAGGCCAAAGCCAAAGACCAGGAGGAGGAGCUGGACGAGCAGGCGGGCACCAUCCAGAUGCUGGAGCAGGCCAAACUCCGCCUGGAGAUGGAGAUGGAGAGAUUGCGACAGACGCACUCCAAGGAAGUGGAGAGCCGCGAUGAAGAAGUGGAGGAGAUCCGUCAGUCGUGCCAGAAGAAGCUGAAGCAGAUGGAGCUGCAGCUGGAGGAGGCCUACGAGGAGCGGCAGAAGGUGCUGCGGGAGAAGAGGGAGCUGGAGAACAAGCUGGUGGCCGUCAGCGACCAGGUCGGCCAGAGGGACGUCGAAGCGGAGAAGCGGCUGCGGAAGGACCUCAAGCGCACCAAGGCCCUCCUGGCCGACGCGCAGGUCAUGCUGGACCACCUGAAGAACAACGCGCCCAGCAAGCGGGAGAUCGCCCAGCUGAAGAACCAGCUGGAAGAGUCGGAGUUCACCUGCUCGGCUGCCGUCAAAGCCCGGAAAUCCAUGGAGGUGGAGAUUGAAGAUUUGCACCUCCAGAUCGAGGAUUUCUCCAAAGCGAAAGGAGCGCUGGAGGAGCAGGUGAGCCGUUUGCAGCGGGAGAAGAACGAGGUGCAGAGCCGGCUGGAGGAAGAUCAGGAGGACCUGAAUGAGCUCAUGAAGAAGCAUAAAGCGGCCGUGGCACAGGCUUCGCGGGACCUGGGCCAGAUCAACGACCUCCAAUCGCAGCUGGAAGAUGCCCAGAAGGAGAAGCAGGAGCUGCAGGAGAAGGUGCAAGGCCUCCAGAGCCAGCUGGAAUUCCUGGAACAGACCAUGGUGGACAAAUCCUUGGUCAGCCGGCAGGAGGCCAAGAUCCGCGAACUGGAGACCCGGCUGGAGUUCGAGAGGACUCAAGUGAAGCGCCUGGAGAGCCUGGCCACUCGGUUGAAAGAGAACAUGGAGAAGCUGACGGAAGAGCGCGACCAGCGGACGGCGGCUGAGAACCGGGAGAAGGAGCAGAACAAGCGACUUCAGCGUCAACUCCGGGACACCAAAGAGGAGAUGGCCGAACUGGCCAAGAAGGAGGCCGAAGCAAGCCGGAAGAAGCACGAACUGGAGAUGGAUCUGGAGAGCUUGGAGGCUGCCAACCAGAGCCUGCAGGCGGACCUGAAGCUGGCCUUCAAGCGGAUCGGGGACCUGCAGGCCGCCAUUGAGGACGAGAUGGACAGUGAGGACAACGAGGACCUCAUCAACAGUUUGCAGGACGUGGUAUCCAAGUACCAGAAACGCAAGAAUAAGCUCGAGGGAGACUCGGACGCUGAUUCGGAGCUGGAGGACCGCGUGGACGGAGUGAAAUCGUGGCUGUCGAAAAACAAGGGCUCUUCCAAGUCGGUCUCUGAGGAUGGCAGUUUGAAGAGUAGCAGCCCCUCCGGCCACUGGAAAGCCUUCGCCUGCGACCGAUCGGACGAGGAGCGCGACUGUUUGGACGGCCCCCACCGGCCCCCCAUUUCCCGGAUCUACUUGAGUGACAGCGACUCGGAGAGCAAGCCAGUGGGCCCCACGGCCUAGAGCCGGCUGCUGGGGCCCGGGGCUCUUUUCCCAGGGACCCUCCCUCUUCGUUCUACGGAUGGCAGAACCUGGCAAGUUUCCCUCCCCCCCCCCACACUCCCGCGAUUGGCUCCUAAACCAGGGUGCCAUUGAAGUGGGGGCGGGGGGUCCCAGGAGACGGCUAUCGCCCAUUGGGGCAAUGGAGGACCCGAGGCUGGCGGUGGGGGGGGCAAGGCCUGGCUUCCCCCUUUGUGGACCUGCGUGUGCCAGAUGGGCUUUGUGCUCCUGCCCGGCUCACCUCCCAUGGCCCCCACCUCUGGCAGGACUGCUCCGGGAAAGGAGGGGGGGGCUGCUGCUCCUCUUCCGUGGUGUCUCUGUGCGUGUGUGUGCCAUGGGUGGGGGGCUCUUUGCUUGUCCUUUGUGUCGCUCCCCUCAAGAACCCUGAAUGGAAAUCCAUCGUGCCCUCCCCCCCCGCACCAAAUUAAGGUUGAACCCAGAAGGGGCUUUUCUGCACAUAAACGCCCAGCCUGUCUCACCUCCCUUUUCCUUUCCUUUCCUUUCCUUUCCUUUCCUUCCUUCCUUCUCUUUCUUUCCCUCCCUCCU